UGGCGUACCUUACCUAUAUUACUUGCUCUGUGGCGUACCUACCUACCUAUUUAUUUUAUUACAUUUUCAAAUAUCACGUAAAAAUCUUUAAAUACUUUAUAGCUGCACGUAAAAACAAAAUUUUCUCACUCAUUUGAUCGAUUAUAUCAAAACAGAUUCCUUAAAGCUAUUUUUAGUUUCACAAUGAACUGGGGUAACGAUCAAUUUGCAAUGCAAGCUAUGGGUAUGCCGCCUGGGCCUAUGAAUAAUAUGGGCAACAUGCUCCAGCCUAUGCACAUGAUGCCUGAAAUGAACGUCCCUCCUAUGAACCCGCCACCGAUGCCGUUAAUAGGCCCAGUACAGCCAGAUAUGGAGAUAGAAAACCUAAAUGAAGUCACAGAAAUUGAUCAACAGAAAAAUGAUGUUACGAGCACACAAAGCCACUCGCGACAAGGCGAGAGGUCAAGACGUGAUAGAGAUCACCUGACAAACAGAAGAGGCCGUUCACGAUCUAGGGACAGGUAUGAUAGAAAUGACAGACGAGACAGGAAUGAUCGUAGCGAUAGAGAUAGGAGCGAUAGAGGCAGACGGGACCGUGAUCGACGUUCAAAGUGGGAUAGCAGUAAAGAGAACAACACUCAGAUGAAUGCUUCACAGCAAAUGGCAAUGGGGAAUAAUAGUAUGAUGAUGCCAGGCAUGAUGCAAUACCCGCAAAUGAUGAACAACAUGAUGGUACAACAGCCGAUGGACGGUGGAAUGCCCGGCAUGAUGCCCCAAAUGAAUAUGAUGGGAGGCAUGAUGCAGAACAUGAUGGAUCCCAACAUGAUGAUGAUGAGUCAACAGAGCAUGAUGCCGAUGCCCAACCAGCCGAUAUACAUUAAUAACGCGGUUCUACUACCGCCGAUUCCUGGUGUAACUACUCCGCAAAGACGGGAGAAGCCGAAAGGCUGUCGCACUAUCUUCGUGGGUGGUCUCCAGAAUGGCGUCAAAUCUGAUGCAAUCAGCGAGAUAUUCCAACGCUUUGGUAAUAUUGAGGAUGUGAAGACGCCGAGGCGUGGGGUGUUCUACGUGCGGUUUGAGAGGCCAGAGAGUGUGGAACAGUCGUUCUUCUUGUCCGGUUAUAGAAUGAAAACCCACGAGCAGGGAGAGAAUGAAGCUACUACUAUGUUUGUUGAUUAUGCUUUGAACCGCGACGAUCAGAACGAAUAUGAGAGACGGCAGCGUCACCGCGAGCAGACCCCGCCAAAGGUGGAGCCGUUCACACCAACCACAUUUAACGAGAUUACUGAGAAAAUCAAGAGCGAGGAAGAAUUUGCUAAGGCUGCACCUACACUAGCAACAUGGUUGGAACGCGGCGAAUGCAACAAGAAGAACGCCAACUCGUUCUAUUCCCUGAUACAAACCAGUAACAAUCAAAUAAGAAGAUUGUUCAAUGAAAAAAUGCAACUGGACGACGAGCUACAAAACAUGAAAACAACUCUGAAAGAGAAAUUCCUCCAUAUCAUCCAUCAAUUCGAGCAGGUUGCGAAAAUUCUCUCAGCGGCAAAACACCAACGCGUCUCCGAUCACUUCACGAAGCAACAGCGCAGGAACAUCGAGAUGUGGCUCAAAAUGACAGAGGAACUGGAAAACAUAAAAGAAGAGUUUAAUUCUACAUUCGAAGAGGAUGACUCGGAAAGAGUCGGCAGGAACAUGGUUUCCGCUGAAAAGUUUGAGGAGUUGAAGAAAGAGAAUGAGAAUCUGACGUACGAACUGGAAGGUUACAAAAACGAAGCGUAUCUGGCUAAAGACGAGGCGGAGAGGAAAUUUGAGAAGUUCAAGGCGCACUUCAUCGCGCAGCAGGCCUUGCAGAAUAAACAGGUCUACCCUCCAUUACCGAUACCACAUCGUGAGCCAGCCCAGCCAUCAGCGAUCAUCAAACCAAUGCCACCUCCUCCAACACCUGAUGAUAACAAAGUGAUCACCACCGGACCAGCAGUUCCACCUUCUGAAGCCAAACUCAUCAGCAUUUUGACUGCAUUCCUCAUGGUCCAUCCACUGGGAGCUUCCUUGGAUUAUCUGGUCUCCUAUGUCAGGUCUAUGACUCCAAAUGUCACGCAGGGCACAGUAUUGAAUAUAUUGCAGAAGUAUAGUGAUGUAUUUUUGUGUAAGACGUCAGGAGUUGGGGCGUCUAUAGAGCAUAGGUGGGGUUUCGUCACGUUCGACGUGAUUAAAAGUGAAUCUUAGGUACUUUGCAAGUGGAAUGAGUAUUUGAGAUAAGAAUAUUAUGACGUAUCAAUGUAAUGAAGACUCUCUUGAAGAUGAUAUGCAAAAAUUUCGGUGAAAAUUUUGAAAGUAUUUUUGCGAAUUUGUAUGUAUAUUAGAUUGUAAGGUUUAAAUUAUAACAUCUUUAUGAUACAAUAAAUAAUUUUUAAUAAA